CAUAGUGCUGCACAGCUGCCGGGAGCUCAAGGCGUAGUGAUGCCGAUGCAUUAGCCGGCGUACCAGAGUGCUACGCAAUUCACUUCGCUCUGGCACAUCUGACGCCGAACAGCGAGCCGGGGUUUAGCUCUGGAAUCCGUGCUCUAAGGUAUCUUAUGGGGGGAAGUGUGGGGUCGACGGAUAGUAAUCGGAGGCUUCACGUUCGUGGGGUCCAGUCGCUACAGCGUCCCGUCUUCGGCUUCUCUCCCGAUACUCGUCACAUUCCAUCACCUGCAACAUAUUCUCAUCUACUGUACCAUAUCUUGCUUUAUUUCUUCUUGAGCCUUUCUCCCAAAUUUGCAGUUGAUUAGUCGUAGAUAUGGCCUCAUUUUCCAGACUCGUUCGCUUCCUUGCCCGGGAUGGCAAGACGUACUACGGCGAUGCAAUUCUCCCGAGCGGCGUCACUGACAUCGCCAAGGCAAGGCAAGCCAGAAUCGUGACGGGCGACAUCUUUGGAAGACACGACGUCACAGAAAACGUCGCCGACAUCCGCCUUCUGCUGUCCCCCCUUGCGCCUGAGCACGUCAAGACUGUACGGUGCCUCGGCCUCAACUAUGCCAACCACGCCAAGGAGUCAAACAUGGCAAUUCCCAAAUUCCCUGUUCUCUUCUACAAACCCGUGACCUCUCUGGCUGGACCGACUGACCCCGUUCCCGUGCACCCGAUCGCUCAGACCGGCAGCACGCUGGACUACGAGUGCGAACUGGUCAUUGUCAUUGGCAAGACCGCCGCGGACGUCUCCGAGGACGACGCCCUCAACUACGUCCUCGGCUACGCCGUGGGCAACGAUGUGUCACACCGCGAGUGGCAAAUCCAGCGUGGUGGCGGUCAGUGGUCUCUCGGCAAAGGCUUUGACGGCUGGGCACCGUUCGGGCCUGGCAUUGUGACCAACAAGGUCGUCAAGGAUCCUCAAAACCUCAAGAUCUUUACCAAGGUCAACGGGGAGACCGUUCAGAACAAUAACACCAAGGACAUGAUUUUUGGCAUCAAGAAGACAAUCUCCUUCUUGAGCCAGGGCACUACCCUGCUACCGGGAGACGUCAUCUUCACCGGAACUCCCGAGGGCGUAGGCAUGGGUCGCAAGCCUCAAUUGUGGCUCAAGGACGGAGACGUUGUUGAAGUUGGCCUUGAGAAUGUGGGCUCUUGCAUCAACAAGAUCGAGUUCAGCAAGGUCAAGUCAAAGAUCUAGGGAUGGAGCUGAAACUGGCGAGGUGGUGCAUUGUAUCAAUUGCUAAGAUAAUGGUCAUUUGUCAACUGAAAUCUGUUGUUUCUCAUGGAGUCUAAACAAACUUGGCUGAGGCAGUGAGAUGGCGCUCGCCGAAUUUAUGACCAACGC